AUGUCUCUACUAGCUCCACACCUAUCUCUGUUCGGAGGUUAUGAAAAGAGUUUGUACAGAUUACACCACCAAUCUCCUAAAACCUGGUUUACAACACACCUUUCCACCGACCUCCAGGCCGUGGGAUCCAUUCCAGCUACAACUGAGGUGGACCCAUGUCUGCUCAUUUCAGACAAGGUUACCUGUCUGGUGCAUGUGGAUGACAAACUAUUUUAUGCUAGGAACCCACAAGACAUCCAAGACGUUUUGGAAGAACUGAGCAAGAGAAAUAUAGUGUUAGAAGAAGAAGAAAGUGUGACAGGGUUCCUGGGAGUCGAUAUCUACAAAGAGACUCACCAAGGAGAGAUCUGUUUGACUCAGAAAGGGCUCACUGACAGGAUUAUCAAGGCCCUACACUGUGAUCACCUGCCUGCUGUGGAAACACCGGCUACUACAAAGUGCCUAGGCAAGGAUGAAGAUGGGGACCCAGCUUCCCACGACUUCAGCUAUGCCAGUGUGAUUGGAAUGUUGCGGUACCUCUGCCUAUGGGCAUUCGAGGCCGGAUCUUGGCUUUGCUGUAAGCCAAUGUGCCCGAUUUGCUUUCCAGCCCAAGAGGAGCCAUGA